AUGUAUACCAUACCUUCAUCCAAAAGUGGAACCAUCGCAAUUCCAGUUAAAAUUAGAGACUCACUAUCAUGCCUCGAUGUUGUGUGGUCUGAUAAGUUUGAGACAGAAGACAUUAACCCUGAAAAAGCAAGGAAGCAUGAGGCUGACUUUCUUAAAGGAGCCCCAUCGAAGUGGCUGAAUUUAGCAGAGGAUGAAAACUCACCUUUAGUCAAGAGAGACGGCUUUGAUGAUUUAACACAGUUAAUUAAGAGGAAAAAUAGAAAGAGCUGUCUGAUCACCGAUGUUUCUUUGCAAUACCAGUCUGGCAGCGGAGGCUCAACUCUCGCCAUGCAGGUGCUUUGGGAUUUCCGGAAAGAUCUCAGAUGUGCCAGAGUCAUCAAUUCAGAUCUAGACACCAAAGAGCUGUCGAAACAAGUGCUGAACCUUUUUAUGCUGCCUAAUGAACAACAUGCAAAACAAGAUCGGAAAACGGUGCUGCUGUUACUGGACACCAAGAGAAAGACGGACCUGAUUGAUCUCCGAGAAGACCUGAUUGAAGAAAUCCAUAAGAGGGACAUCAAUAGAGACUCUCCAGUCGUGAUCAUUUUGAACUGCAGGACUGCAGAUUUUACUCUCACCGACACACUGAUUCUCAACAAAAAACCCUCUGAAGAGCAAAUUAGACGAUUAAAGGAAAAACUUCUGCAACAGAUCCGACUACAGAGAAAAAGCCAAAGGAAAGUCGCAACCAUAAAUCUGUUGUACCAUGAAGACAGCGACGGAUCAACACUAGCCAGUGAAGUACUGAGAGACUUGAGGGAAGAGUUCACAUGUGAAACCCUGACAAAAUCAUUCAAAACAGAUAUCGCUGCAAAUAAAGACGAGAUUGAAAAUACAGCAACUGAACUGCUCGGAACAUAUAAAACACAUAAAAACACUGUGCUUCUCCUGUUGGAUAACAAAGGUGAAAAGCCAGUACGCUACUUAUUAAAGAGUCUGCAGUUAAAGCUUAAGCGCGCUGAUCAAACCGACCAUCCUGCAUUCAUCAUUAUCAAUGCUUAUCGGAAGAAUUUUGUUCGAGUGCCAAGCGAUGUGAAACUGAAAAUGGAGCUCUUACCAGAUGAGAAGGAGAUGUUUGCUCAGAAGAAGCUUCAGCAGGAAAGUAAACGCAUGGAAAUGUCACAGAAGUUUCAUGCCUUUAACAUCAUGCAGGGAGGUUUCCAGAAAGAGGAUGCAGAGAAACUGAUCACAGAAGAAAUGGUGAAUCAUAUUGAAAAGGACACAAAGUCCAGCAGCACAAGACUUCUCAGUUUUUUGGCUUUGAUAAACUCGUAUGUCCCAGGUUCACACUUGUCGAAGCUUGUCUGUGAGGAUUUCAUUAAAGAAGAAUGGCCCACUGAUGAAGGAAAACCUUCGCUGGAAACGAUAAUGAAGCCUUUCGAGGAUCUCAUAGUUAUUUUCUCAGAAGGAGAACAAGAAGACCGAUGCGUUCGUCUGGCUCAUCCAAUGAUUGCUGAUGCCUGUCUAAAACGGUUCACUGAGCACAAUGUGACAAGAUUUGACAUCGCUAUUGACUUCUUGAACAGCAUGGUGAAUGGAAAUGAGAGCAAUUAUGAGCAAAUUUGCAAGAGCAUGUUCAUCACAAGGCCUGAGGGUCUGAUGGAAAAGGAAAAGUUUUCCAAACUGAUUCUUGACAUCAUGCAUGAAAGUGAAAAUAAUAGUGAGCAAUGCAUUUGUUUGUUGGAGUUGGCUUCAGGUUUGUUCUCUGCAGACCCAUUUUAUCCUCAAGCACUUGCACGUUUUUAUUACAUUGAGGUGAAAGAGGAAAACAAAUAUGUUGAGGCAGAACACUGGGCAAAAAUGGCAAUUGAAAGAGACCCCCAAAAUUCACAUAUCAGGGAUACCUUGGGACAAAUUCACAAAAACCACCUGCGGAAAAUCGGGAUUGAAGCUGGAAAAACAUGCACAGACGUAGAGAAUGUUCUGGCCAUUGCAAAGUCUGCCAUUGAUGCAUUUAAAGAUGUAGAGAAAGCUGCCGAAAAUGAGUCUGAAAAUGACACUGGAUUCAAUAACAGGGGUCUCUUUGGGUUCCUCCAGGUUUACAAGAUCAUACAUCCAACGCCUCUUGAACAACAACACAGUGAUUUCAUCAGCGGUCUCAGAGGUGAUGUUGAGUCUAGAUAUGAUUUCUUUGAAUGGUAUCUGGCAUUCUCAAGACUAAGCCUCAAUACAGAGGAACCAGACUACUUUCAUGAAGAUGUUGAGGAGUGCUACAAGAAAUAUUUUACACAGGGAGAGCAGACUGAUGAAACGACCCUGAAUGAGAAAAAGAUGAAGUCUUUUGGGGGACUGCUUCAUUUCCUAAAAUCAGACAUCAAUGUGCUUAAAGAACAUCAGCGUGCACUUAAACAUCCACGAUCUGACAAUGAAACCCAAACCGUUCUCUACAUUCUUGCCAACAUCGUCUUGAGUCAGUCGGGUGAGCAGUGUGAACAAGCAGAAGAUCUUCAGGCCAGGUUACAGAAACUUUGGCUGAGAGAAAUACAAGACAGAAGCCCAGAGUUUUACCUCUUGAUUCUUUUGCUCUUUUGGCCUGAUGAAGCGCAGCCAGGAAUCACAAACCCUCCAAACCUUGAAAAGUGUUUCAAAAAAAUGCAUCAUUUAUACAAGGAGAAGUAUCAGAAAUACCUCCGCCGUCGCUACCUGGUGCCUCUGUUCUUCUUUGGGAAAGGAAAAGGUUUGGAGAGUCUGGUUCACACCUCAAAACUAGAUCAAAUUGCUCUGGAGCUCCUCACUGAAGGGGAUGAACAUGUAGAAAUCAAAGAUCUUCCACGCAUCAAUGGGCAAGUCAGAAAACAUAAAGUGUUUGCUAUUAGAAGAGAGAAACAGAUUCCAGUCACUCCUCACAAUCCGUCCAGUGUGUGCAAACCAGGCCAGGUGUCUUUCUACCUGGGCUUCACCAUCAGAGGACCAGUUGCCUACAACAUCAGAUAUGAAGAGAACCCUUUCAGGGGCGCAAAAUAUUAUAUGAAGACAGACAGAACCAAAACAACCUAAAGGAUCUUAAUCUACAUUAAGUAACAUUUUGGCUUGUAGAAAAUAUAAUGACUAAUAUGGU